UGUUGGUCACCUGUGCUGUCCGCCCCCCCCCGCUGUCAGGCCUGGACGGACUCGCUUGCGUGGGCCACGACUGCUGCUCCCUGUCGAGCAGCGAACUCUUCGACGAACAAGAGAGCCUAUGCGUGCGAUAAGCUUGCUCGCGGUCCUCCUGGCCUUUGCGGACGCACUCACAUUUUCUGGCCACGCUCGUGGUAAGCUUGCAGCGCGACCGGCCAUCGCCCGCCGCUCGACCACGCCCAAAUUGGCCGACAGCGGCGGCGGCGAUGACGGCAAAGUUGGCGGCGAUGGCGGCGGCGGCGGCGGCGGCGGUGAUGACGGCGGCGGCGGAGGCGGCGACGAAAGCGAGCCGUUCAUCGGACGUGGCAUCACUUGGUUCUUGGGCGCCAAGUCCGCCCUCACCCUCGUGAGCGGCCUGCCCGUGCUGCUCUCGCCCUCCUCCGUCCUCGACGACCUCGGCUUCCCGCUGAUCACCAAGGCGCACGUGCUGAGCACAAAGAUGUGGGGCGUGUGGCAGUGCUUCUUUCAAUUCCUGCUCGAGUUCACCGUCGCCUUCUUCGUGCCGGCCGGCCUCACGCGCAACCUCCUCCUCCUCUGCGAGGGCAUCUUCGAAAUCGGCCUGGCGGUCGACGUGCAUCACGACUUCACGACGGCCAACAGCGGCCGCUAUUCUAAAUCCAUCCACGACGUCUACGUAUGGUCGCCGCCCGUCUUCUUCGCCGUCCUCCUCCUCUUCCCCGACCCCGUCACGGACGUGGCCGCCCGGCUCCGCGCCUACACCACCGUCGGCCUUGUCUCCGCGUGCAUCCUCGGCGCGCAGGUCGCGGGCUUGCAACUGGCGUCGACGAGCGACAAGAAGUAGGGAUCCCUAGCGGAAGUUGCUGGUUGCUGCUUGUGCUUCCUCGGAGACCGUGCUUGCUGCUUGUUUAGCUAUUACCACCACAUACUAGCACACCUUCGUACGUACGUAUUUUUAACAGAAAUACCGUCUGGAACUGU